AUGGCGAGGAUACUGCAGCCGAUCUUCGUUCUCUCCACCCUGAUCUCAGUCACAGUGUCCAGUGAUGUGUUUGGAUUGGUUGGUAGUUCUCUUCAUCUGGACAUACAACGUUCUGUACCGAAGUUUGAUGACUUACUCUGGGUUUUUAAUGGAGUUGAUAGUGUUCUAAAAUAUUAUGCUGAAGAUAAAGAAACUAUACAGUAUUCUCAUUAUAAAGACAGAGUGGAGUUCAAUAAUGAAACCUACAGUCUGACACUGAAGAACUUACAGAAGACUGAUAGUGGACUGUAUGAAGCCAAAGCAUCUGGUACACUGAAAACAGUUGUUGCUGAGUACAGACUCUCUGUGUUGGAUCCAGUGGAGGCUCCAGUCCUGACUCACCAGCUAAGCAGAGACACCUGUAACAUCACUCUCACUUGUAGAGGUCAUGACCACUCUAUCAGCUCCAGCUGCUAUAAUGAAACCUGUGAGGAGAAGGAAGUGACAUCACCUGGAGGCAUCACCCUUUCCCUGUCUGUCAGAGGCAGCACCAUCAUCUGUAACCAUAGCAACCCAGUCAGUUGGAAGAUGGAUGUUUUGGAGAUGAGAGAACAUAAACAACACUGUGCUGAUGAAGAUGAAGGUUCAGUGUCUCCCUCUGCUGGUGUAUCUGUGUGUUUGCUUAAGAUUGUGCUGUAUUCCAUCAGUCUGACCCUCAUGCUGUCUGCAGUCAUCACUGUCCACAUCAAAGAAAGACUGACCAAAUCGUCUUAAAGACAUGGAUGGUAUUACCCUGUUUAUUAUAGCUGUUAUACUUACAUAAUAAUCUAUUCUGUAAUCUCUAAUUAUAAUCUACUCUUCUGUACAGCUGAACCUAACAGGCUCUCAUCACUUAUUGUGUUUUUGAAAGCUGUAGCGCACGGACU